AUGGGGGGGACAGCCAAAACAUGUGCAGCUGCAUGCCAGAGCAGUAGUUCAGCUACUGGAAUGCAGUUCGGCUUCGAAGGAAUGGAAGAAAGCCAUGGCAACCUGGAUAAGGACUGGCAAUGCUCAGAAACGAUGGCUUUUCCAUCUCUUAUUAAGCUUAAAAUCACUGCAGCUCAAAAACUGUGGCUUUUAUACGCAACAUGUGACUGCUACCAUUUUGACUGGGCCAGGAGGCAGACGCUGCUCACUUGCUCCGGCCACACGAGGCCCGUGGUGGACUUGGCCUUCAGCGGCAUCAUGCCUUAUGGUUAUUUUCUGAUCAGUGCCUGUAAAGAUGGCAAACCUAUGCUCCGCCAGGGAGAUACAGGAGACUGGAUUGGAACAUUUUUGGGUCAUAAAGGUGGUGUUUGGGGUGCAACGUUGAAUAAAGAUGCCACCAAAGCUGCCACAGCAGCUGCAGAUUUCACAGCCAAAGUGUGGGAUGCUGUCACGGGAGAUGAAUUGAUGACCCUGGCUCAUAAGCACAUUGUCAAGACUGUGGAUUUCACACAGGAGAGCAACUACCUGUUAACUGGGGGGCAGGAUAAACUGCUGCGCAUAUAUGACUUGAACAAACCUGAGGCAGAACCUAAGGAAAUUAGUGGUCACACUUCCGGUAUUAAAAAGGCUCUUUGGUGCAGCGAGAAUAAACAGAUUCUUUCAGCUGAUGAUAAAACUGUUCGUCUUUGGGAUCAUGCUACAAUGACUGAAGUGAAAUCUGUGAAUUUUAACAUGUCUGUUAGCAGCAUGGAAUAUAUCCCUGAGGGAGAGGUCCUGGUUCUCACUUAUGGGCAGACUAUUGCUUUUCAUAGUGCAGUAAGUCUGGAGCCAAUUAAAUCCUUUGAAGCUCCUGCAACCAUCAAUUCCGCGUCUCUUCAUCCUGAGAAGGAAUUUCUUGUUGCAGGUGAAGAAGACUUUAAACUGUAUAAGUAUGACUACAAUAGUGGAGAAGAAUUAGAAUCCUACAAUGGUCACUUUGGCCCCAUUCACUGUGUGAGGUUUAGUCCUGAUGGUGAACUCUAUGCCAGUGGUUCUGAAGAUGGGACAUUGAGAUUGUGGCAAACUGUAAAAGGAAAAACCUAUGGUCUUUGGAAAUGCGUGCUUCCUGAGGAAGACAGCGGGGAACUGGCAAAGCCAAAGGUCGAUUUUCAAGAAACAGCGGAAGAGGAGCUGGAAGAAAUUGCUUCACAGAAUUCAGAUUCCAUCUAUUCUUCAACUCCUGAAGUUAAGGCCUGAGCAUCAGCAGUGUGCCAUAGGUGCCAUAUAGUUUAUGGACUAAACAAGCAGAGAAAAGCAUCAGCCUUCAGAGUGACUCUCUGCCUGUGGCAAGGAAGGCAGAAAAUAUUGGGGAAUAUGAAUUAGCUCCAGUGCACGAACAACUACUGGGUGUUCCUGUGAGUGAAAGUAGCUGUGUGUAUG